UGUUAUAAUUUUCUGUUUUCAUAUACAGAUGGUAAAAGAUCGAAAAUUCGUACAUGCAGAAUGUGAAUAUUAUACUGUUGCCAGCAAGUAAUCAUGCAUACUCUUCAUUUUAUUGAUGAGAAAAAAACUGAGUUUAAACUUUAAAAGGAAGAAACGUUAUUAAUAGGUUGUAUCAUAUUAUAUUAUUACACCAACGAAGAAUAACGUGUGUGUGCAAACUAAUAUGACACAGGCGAUGUCAGAAAUGUUAAAAUGUAAAAAGUUAAAUUGUCAUGUCGCGAGAGUUGACUACUUGCUGGUUGCUAAGCAACUGAAGCGUUUGUUUCAUCGCAGCUGGCGAAAAAUGGCGGAAACCAGGAGCUCUUCCUUUCGAGCGUUCAAGAAAGCUCAGCUGGUAAGAAUGGAGAAGCCUCAGGCAACCAAGUCCAUAAAUGGUCCUUUCUCAGCACAUCAAGGAACAACACCUCACAUGGAUCUACUUGUCAAAGAAGAAGAAUACAAGCGUCUUAAUGCAGAGCUGGAGGCAAAAACUGCUCAAAUCGUUCGGCAAGCAGAAGAACUUAUGAACAAAGAGCAAAAUGAAACUUUAUCCAAGGCGAUCUCUUCUCAUCUCAGCACUGACCUUGACAUUGAGGUUGACAAGGAGGAAAUUAGAAACCCCAGCCCUUCAGCAACUACUGAAAACCAGACAUCUGCAAAGGCAGCAAAUAAAAAGACUGUGGUGAAAUCCACCGUACAAAGCAGGCCUUCAUCAGCAGCCCAAAGAAAGAAAGUCUCUAAAACAACAAAAGCCAGUACAGUGGAUGAUGUUGCGAUUCAUACAGAUUUCCUAGAUUUCUCCCUGGCUAAGACCAUAAGCAAUAUUGAGAGCAAACUAGAAGAAGGUAUGAUACACGAAGACGUAGUAGAUGAAGUCAUACCCAGUGUUGGAGAAGAAAUGAGUUCUGAGGCUCAGAUUCGUUUCCUUCAGGCAAAACUUCGAGUACUCCAAGAGGAACUGAAUAGACUGUCUUAUGAAAACAACAAAAAGGAAGAGGAAAAUGACAGUUUGACUGCCAAAAUAAAGCAGGUAGAGGAGGAGCGAAACAGGCUGCAGCGGACAACCAGCGUUCAGCAAACCCAGAUGGAGAAGCAGAAAGCCUUGGCAGAGGACUCCAGCAGAAAGUGCGAGGGGCUGCAGCAGGAAGUGGCCACUCUGAAGAAGGAAAUCGACGGCUUGAAGAGAGCACAGAAGCAGGCUGCCAGCGCACACAGCGCUACAGAAGUCAGGCUGAACCGGGCGCUGGAAGAAGCCGAGAAGUGCAGGACGGAGCUGAACAAGAUCAGGCAGAGCAGCAAGGAUGCUGCCAACCAGGAACACCAGAAAGUGGAACUCCUGCAGGCUGAGAACAAGAAGCUGGAGAAACAGAAGGCAGAACUUAUAGGAGGAUUUAAGAAACAACUCAAACUAAUCGAUGUACUCAAACGACAAAAGAUGCAUUUUGAGGCAGCAAAGAUGUUGUCUUUUACCGAAGAGGAAUUUAUGAAAGCUCUUGACUGGGGGACAUAGAGCUAAAAAAUACAGAAAUUAUGUGAAGAAAUACAGGGUGAAAAAGUAUGAAAAAAAUUGCAUGAAUUUGAAAAGCUUGUUUUCUGUUUUUAGUCAUUAUGUUAAGGAUUGCUGACUUCCGCAUGACUUCAUUUUUUGUGGCACUCUUCCCACAGCGACGUGUACCAAUUACUAUAAACAGUAACUCGUGGACAUGUUCCAGAUAGAUCGGAGAAUCUUAAACAGCUCAUAGCGUGUGUGAUUUCCCUGUGAUGGACUGGUGUCCUGCCUUACACCCUAUGCGUCCAAGAUGGGCUCUGGACCACCUGGUCCCUGAAUUGAACAGGCCAUUAUCAAUAGAUGGAAGGCAGGAUGUCAGUUGGUGUCUUGCUUACCCUGGACUGCCAUCUAGUGUUUUGAUGUAUGAACACACUGAACUUCUUGUUCACAUCUUCAGCCACAUUCCCACCCUGGAAAUACACAUCUGGAUCUCAUCCCUACAACAUUCUCUUAAAAUCCUCAGGAAUGGAACAGGGUCUCCUCUUGUAAAAUAACAGUAAUAAAUAUAUGGCACAAUUUCAUUAAGACACUUUGAGUGAACUCCACAGUAUGCUGUAGACAGGUUAUGUGCAAUGAAUUUACAGAAUAAUGAAAUAAAAGACUCCAAUCUUUCAAAGUAAAUAAAGCACAGAAGGAGGAGAAGGCCCAAAGGUACAGUGUUGAGGUGCUAAACAGGGACAGACAGGGCACUGAGUGGAAGAACCAUGGAUAUGUUUCUGCUUAUCUGGAGCAAGACUAGUUUCUGGCAUAGGCUCCAGACCAUGGUGACCCUGAUUUGAACAAGUGGUUAAUGAUUGUGAGCGUGUAAAAUACCUGUGACAUCAGUCUAGUGUUAUCAGUACAAUUUAUUUCAAAGAGCCUGUAAGAAAGGGGAACAUUUACCUGACCCUUUUUUCCAAAUCAACUUACUAUGUUAAUCUGUGCCUUGCUCAAGGGUACUACAGCCACAGGAGGGACUGGAACCUGUGACCUUUGGUUCCAAAAACAGCAGCUCUAACCACUACAUGUCAAAGAUGGUGCUUCACUAAUUCCCCUAACAGACAUGGGGUUAAAUAUGUGUAUACAGUAACCAGAACUGGCAUCAUUAGUACAUUUCAAACUGUGCAUGUAAAUGUUUCAGAUAUCAAGUCACCACCUGCAUGGAAAGUUGUCCCACCGGUAAUGUAGAAUUGUAUAAAGGUCUAAUGUACACCUGUAGACCCAUCCUUCUGAGAUUCAGGAGGAGUCUUAUUCUGCUGCGAUUGCGAAACCUCAAAAUAAAGGUAAUUAGAACUGGUGUUGAUUAAAUACAAGAGCAAUUGCAUUACUUGAUAACCACUCUGAAUGAGCCAGAGCACCACAAAAAACAGGUUGAGACUGUACUUCUGCAAGAGCUGAAGUAAUUUUGGCAGAGUAAGAGGAGAAAAAAGGUCCUUAAGUAUAACCAUUAAUACUGUACACAAACAGCCAAGUCCCAAAUGUGAAAAACACCAUGAAUACAUCC